AUGGGACAAAGACUAACAGGAGGAGAGAUCGUUACCGGACCAUCGCCUUUUGAUAACUUGACGGAGGAUUGCGUUUCCAACAUAAUCUCUUUUACAAGUCCACGAGACGCUUGCGUCUCUUGUUCGGUUUCUAAAACGUUUGAAUCUGCGGUCCAGUCCGAUAGCGUGUGGGAGAAGUUUCUUCCGCCGGAUUAUACUUCUCUGGCUCCUCGAUCGCGAGUUUUCUCAUCGAAGAAAGAGCUCUAUUUCGCUCUUUGUGCACAUUUUCUAAUAGAAGAUGGCCAAAAGAGCGUUUGGCUAGAGAAAGCUAGUGGGAAGAAGUGUGUAAUGUUAGCUGCAAGGCAACUUUGGAUCACAUGGGGAAAAAGUCCUGAGUAUUGGCAAUGGAUUUCAAUCUCUGAAUCUAGAUUUGAAGAAGUAGCUGAGCUUCUCAAUGUAUGUGCUUUUGAGAUGGGUGGUAGUAUGAAUGCUCGUUACCUAUCUACGGGAACUCAUUACUCAGCUUACGUUGUGUACAAGCUAAGGAAACGACGUUAUGGCUUUCGGGAUUUGCCCGUACAAGUUGGAGUUGGGUUUAAGGGACAAGAAAUGCCUAAAAAGUUCAUAUGUUUUGAUAAGUCUAACGAUGAACACAAACCGUGGCCAAAGAAGGAGCUGAUGAAAUCGGAGAAGAGGGAAGAUGGGUGGAUUGAGGCAGAGAUUGGAGAUUUCUUUAAUGAAGGAGGAUUCGAUGAAAUUGAUGUGAGUAUUGUUGACAUCACUUCCGGGAAUUGGAAGUGUGGUGUGAUCAUUCAAGGAAUUGAAUUCCGGCCAAAGAAUCACCGGUAA